GUAACAACCGAUACGUACCGGUUUUUCAACAGUAGAUGGACUCAUUUUUUUUCGACAAAUAAAGAAGGAAAUAAAGACUAGUUUCUAAGAAAUGCGUGUUGGUAUAGCUAUUUUUUUUAUACUUGUUGAAAGGAAAGAAAAAAAUUGGUAAGGGGUGGGGGAAAAGCAAAAACAGAGAAAUUUGGCUGCAUAAGCUUUUUUUACUGGAAGAAUACAUAUGAAUGUGACUUUUUUCUUCUGUGGGUAUCUCACUUUUUAGUCUGGUUUUCCUUGCGUUUCACGGCUCAUGACACUCGAAGCUCGUUACGAUGAAGCAUGUCAGCGGUUGUUUCCUGAAGGCCUGAGAGCCGCCAUUGUUACUGACAGAGACGGAGUGAUCAUUAUGCAAUCCGCAGUCGAUGACGCAUCAGCCAAACUCUUUAAUCCCAUAAUUGCAACUACAUUUGCUGUGGCGAAUAAUCAGGCAUCCAAGCUCGGGCUGAAACGCAACGAGGGCAUUCUUAGCAUGUACGAACUAUACCAGGUUGUGCAACUUGACCAAAAUCCUCUCAUCAUUACUCUGGUUGGGGACGCUUCAUCCAAUACAGGCCUUUUCAUGCAUUUUGGUCAAGAAUUAGUGUCACUCAUUCAACCCCUAGUUUCAGCGUUACAAGAAGGUCAAUAAAAAAAAAGAAAAAGAAAAAAACCAUAUUCCUCGUUCAGUGAUAUUC